GGGGGCGCUCCGGACAUGGACACAGAGGAUACGGGAAAUCGUCUUAGAUUCCAGUUGGAGCUGGAGUUUGUUCAAUGUCUGGCAAAUCCGAAUUACCUCAACUUUCUUGCACAAAGAGGCUACUUCAAGGAUAAAGCUUUUGUAAAUUACCUUAAAUAUUUACUUUACUGGAAAGAACCUGAAUAUGCAAAAUACCUGAAGUAUCCUCAGUGUUUGCAUAUGCUAGAGCUGCUGCAGUAUGAACAUUUCCGCAAAGAACUGGUCAAUGCUCAGUGUGCCAAAUUUAUUGAUGAGCAACAGAUCCUCCACUGGCAGCACUAUUCCCGGAAAAGGAUGCGCCUCCAGCAGGCACUGGCAGAGCAGCAGCAACAAAACAACACCUCUGUAAAAUGAAAAGCAGGUGGAGUAGUGAUGAUAAGGUGUACUUUGUGUUAGUGAAGCAUUUACAGGAGAGGAGUGAACCGCUGUGGAAGUUUGGUUCUGGAUAUAUGGCCCUUUGAUUUGAAUUUGUCAAGUGACUGGGGUUGUUUUUUGUUUCAUCAACACUUUUAAAGACUAAUAAGACUUGAAUAAACUCUUUUAUAAAGACUAAUAAGCAUCUGCAAUCUAUUGUAUGGCAUUGUAAGAGCUUUACUACAGUAGUUAUUGAUUGGGCUUGAUUUUGAAAACAAAACCGAGAUUUGUUACUUACUAAGUAGCUACAAAAAAGUGUUGCUCUGAAGGCUGUUGCUAUGAAGCCUUUUCCCUGGAGAAUAGUGAUGUGUCUUAAAGUGUCACUGAGGACUCCCUGCUACUUACAGCUCUGGGACAAGCAAAGGUGAAGUGAUGACAGACAGAAGUUGAAACUGUGCAGUUUCUCCUUGAAACCACGCUGAGCUAUUCCUUGUCACUUCUGUUUCCCUGGCGAUCAUUGUUAAUGGAAGUUUUGCAGUUUUCCCUACAGCACAUUGUACAGAUAAAAAUCAGGAGUGCACAGGGUGAGGUCUGGGGAGUAGAGCAGAGAUAGCUGCUGAUAAACUCUGCAGAACAGAGAAGGAAGCAACCUGUAGCUGUCUCUGUUCCAUUUAACUUGGCUUGCUUGAAUCGUGGCCUCUGCCCGUGCUGCAGUGGCUGCUCUGGAGUCUCUUUACACUCCAUGUAACAAGGACAGGGUGCAUGGGGAAACGUGCCAUUGCUUGGAGUACUGGAGAAGCACUUGCCGUUUGUUCCUGUACAGUAUUUUAUUGUA